AUGCCGUUCCCCAAAGUCUUAGGCACCCAUUUGAAAAAACCUCCUUUCCAUCUGUCUAGUUCUUCCUAUCAAUCCCGAAAAAUCCCAAACGCCUGCUGUUUACUAGACCCAUCGGAAAUCACUCAGCAUUUGACUAGUAAGUUCAAAGAAUCAGAAGUUACAGGAUUUCUGAAGCCCAAAUUCCCUUCCGAUUUAGCCGCGUUCAAUGUCCGCACGCUCUAUCGGAUGCCACAUAUGACAACGCGCAAGUCCCUUAAACGCCAGCUCAUCAAGAGUCUGGGGAAUGACCGCGAGAAAUGGUGGGUCGAAAAGUGUAGAGAUGUUUAA